AUGUCAGGAUUAUUCACCAAUUAUCGUUUUCUGGUUGGACCACUAGACGGUCCACCAGGUAAUCGAUAUUAUAGUGUUAAUGCAUUAAAUGACAUUACAAUCAACAAUCAAUCAGUUUGUUUUUGUUCUACGACACCUCGCUGCACGAUACCGGCUUAUGUUAAUAACGAUAUGUUGCAUCGCGUACCUGGUAUAUUUUUCGGUUGUUACAUGGUCGAAGCUCUUUCUCAAUCAAGUCUCAGUUGUUUCUAUGAUCAAUUGUGCGUUAACAAUCUUAUUCAGGUGCUCGUUCCGAAUAUUACUAGCAACAUACCAGCACUGAAUUCGACAGUUCCAAGUCGCUAUCAAAUAAAUUCCACACUUGAUGAGAUUAUAAAUCAAGUCAUGGUCGAACAAUGGUCAAAUUCAACAUCGCAUGAAGCUUAUUAUGAUCAAUGUAAUCCUGCAGUGUGCACUUAUUCAUAUGUUGGUAAAAAUGGAUUAAUUACAAUAAUAACAACUAUCAUUGAAGUAAUCGGAGGUUUAUCAGUCAUUUUGAAAUUGAUUGUGCCUAAAGUUAUCAAACUGAUUCGGUCGCCUCGUCAGAAUAAUACAGGUAUGAUGCAUCCAUACAUGUAG